UACAGCGGAACGGAAUUUACCGAUGGUUAACGAGUAUUGUUCAAGCACAUGGUAAUGGUUCUAAGAGAAUCAUGAACAUGGAAAGGUGGAAAACAUUAUGGACACCUGUGUCAGAGGACGGAUUAUGUGGAUGGGUGAGAACUUUUGAGGAAGCUGAGAAUGUUCGAAAAGCCUAUGAGGUAGAGACCUCCAUCACAUAUGUUUCUGGGGAAAAGGAAGCGCACUUCGGAAGGCCAGAAAUAGUUAUUAACGAGAAGUCUCGGGUUCGCUUUAGUGAUUUAGGAGAUCCCUGUAUUGUCCCUUAUGAUGGAACACCAUUCGUUAUUCUGGCAAGGUGCGAAAGACACUGUAUUUUUGGGAAAGACAAACACCAAAAGAAGAAGAAUGAAAUGAAAGAAAGGAGGGAGUCUCUCCUCAAGGUAAAACUAUAUACUUUAAAUGAAUGCUACAUGGAGCGACAUGGAGGUCACUUAUACACCAUUAUACUUUACACAUUACAAUUUACAUAUAAUAUCUGUCACCUAUAG